GCCGCCGCCGCCGCUCGGUAGUCGAGCUGCAGGUCCNUGAAAAUCCAAUCAAGCCAUACACGAGUGGAGCACGAUUGACCGUUUUGUGCAAAAAGACGCGAUAGCCUAACCUACUAAAGCUUUCAUCCCUGCCAAGUUUUGCCAGAGAACUCAACUCCGGGAAGGCUUUCUGCCAGGCCCCGAAGUUGUACUUUCAUGCACCACAGGGAACCAUCACCCAGCAUAUGCAAGUGGGUACAUGCCCUCCCUUGCAAAAGCCAACUGUCUGAUCUGCUUCUUUAGAUUUUCCCCACGGCCAAGGGUUACUUUUUUCCAUGAAUGGUCAAGUUUUGUUAACCGGCAGAACGCAUUGCAGAGCCGUGGAUUUGGAUACCCGAAAUUUAGGACCUAGUGCUCCUAGCCGCUACCUNGAGGGUUUUAGGCUAUUCAAAGCAUCAGCAGCUUCCGGAGGGAAUUCUGAGGACUAAAAAGGUCUGCAGGUUGCUAUGUUAAUGCUGCUUGUCUUUGGAAUAUUGCUUCAUGAAGUCCCACUGAGUGGCCAGGACGAGGCUCAUUCUGAGGCUGACGAUGCGCCUGGCAAGGCCCUGUAUGACUACUCCAGCCUCCGCCUCCCUGCGGAGCACAUUCCCUUCUUCUUGCACAAUAACAGGCAUGUUGCCUCUGUGUGCAGGGAGGAUUCCCACUGUCCAUAUAAGAAACACUUAGAAAAUCUAAACUACUGCUGGGGUUAUGAGAAAUCCUGCACACCAGAGUUUAGAUUCGGUUCCCCNGUUUGCAGCUAUGUCGACUUGGGAUGGCAGAGCGACUCAAGUCUGGUUUGCUCUCGUUACCUUCAGUAUUGUAGAGCUACUGGUCUAUACCUGGACUUAAGAAACAUCAAGAGAAACCACGACAGAUUCAAGGAAGAUUUUCUUCAGGGUGGUGAAAUUGGAGGAUACUGUAAACUUGACGGUCACGCACUGGUGUCUGAAGGGCAGCGCAAAAGCCCCCUGCAGUCUUGGUUUGCUGAGCUACAAGGCUACACGCAGCUCAAUUUCAGGCCUAUAGAAGAUGGAAAAUGUGACAUCGUUGUUGAAAAACCAACGUAUUUCAUGAAAUUAGAUGCAGGUAUUAAUAUGUACCACCACUUCUGUGACUUCCUGAAUCUCUACCUCACUCAGCACGUUAACAAUUCUUUCAGCACGGACGUGUACAUUGUGAUGUGGGACACCAGCUCUUAUGGGUAUGGCGACCUCUUCUCCGAUACCUGGAAAGCAUUUACUGACUAUGAUGUCAUACAUUUGAAAACCUAUGAUUCCAAAAAGGUGUGUUUUAAAGAAGCCGUGUUUUCGUUGCUGCCCCGCAUGCGGUACGGGCUGUUCUAUAACACGCCUCUGAUCUCUGGCUGUCAGAACACAGGAUUAUUCAGAGCCUUCUCCCAGCAUGUGCUGCAUAGGCUGAACAUCACUCAAGAGGGAACCAAGGAUGGCAAAGUUCGAGUUACCAUUCUUGCACGCAGCACAGAAUACCGGAAAAUCCUGAACCAAAAUGAGGUUAGUGCUUUGAAAAGAUUAAGAACCAUGGAGGAAAGAGUGUUGUCCUCGUAUUGCAGAGAACUCGGGUUUUUAGAUCAGCUCAGGAUCACGCACAACACGGACAUAUUUAUUGGCAUGCAUGGAGCUGGCCUUACCCACUUACUUUUCCUUCCGGACUGGGCUGCUGUGUUCGAGCUGUACAACUGUGAAGAUGAGCGCUGCUACUUAGACCUGGCCAGGCUCAGAGGCAUUCACUACGUCACCUGGCGGAAGCCCAGCAAAGUGUUUCCUCAGGAUAAGGGUCACCAUCCAACUCUGGGAGAACACCCGAAGUUUACCAACUACUCUUUUGAUGUAGAAGAAUUCAUGUACCUUGUCCUUCAGGCUGCCGAGCAUGUACUGCAGCACCCACAGUGGCCAUUUAAGAAGAAACACGAUGAGCUAUAGAAGUGUUGAGGUUGUUGACAAGAGUGUUGAAACCCUCUCACAGCCAUAGACUCACAAUCAGAGGAGCAGAACAGCCCGUCAUAUCCUACCGUAAGAUGAAACAUGACGUUUCACUUCUGAAUAUAGCUCAGGCUGACCUUGAACUAGUGAUCCUCUUGCCUGAGCCAACUAACUGAGCGCUCACCUUACAGGUGUGCCCCACCAUGCCUGUCUACAGAGUUACUUUUUGUAUAUGAAAGCACACCUCCAGUAGACUCUAAGUCUUCCACGUGUUUAUUGUGUCUUUGCUAUUUAUCAAAGGUAUUUUUGCACUGAAAAAGGUUACUUUUAUAGUUCAAAGGUGGGCAGAUGCCCAUUGGUGUGGCAGAGCUCUCCUGUAGGGAUACCAAAGUUGUCCACAUCGGUGGCUUCAGACUCGAUAUGUGUGUUUGUUAACUGGAAUGUGACCGUGAUUCCAGAGCGUCACGGCUUGUUGUCCAUCGAUUUGGAUAAACUCAGAACUGUUGUUAUUUGCCAUUGUUUGUUCAUAAAUAUGGUUGUAGGGUCUGGGCACAUGGCUUAGUGUAGAAUGCUGGCCUUGCAUGCAUGGGCCUCUGAGUUUAAUCCCUAGCAACACACACACACACACACACACACACACACACACACACAUGUCUAACUCUGUGAUUCUCAGGACCAAGCUAUAGGACUACAUUAUAGACCAGUGAUUAGUCAACUCCAGAUUCCGUGCAUCAAGCGCCUGACAAAGAUCAUGCUGUUGUAUUUAUUAAUUUUGUUUCUAUAUCUCAUUUCAAUCAUGUUCUCCCCAUAUGUAAUGGCAGUGUUGAUAAGAGCCCAUCAGAAUAUUCUGUAGUACCAUCUCCAUUGACGCUUCAGCCAUGAAGAACCUUCAUGCUGACUUGGCAUGAAGUCUUAGUUUCCAUCAGGCCAGUGUUUGUGAGCACACACAGCUGUGUGUAUCUACCUCUGGCAGGAUGGAAGUAACCCUAGUCUUUGUAAAACACUGCCAAGUAGCCACAUGAAGAGAAGACACUUUCUCUGUUUAUUUGUUUUUUUGUUUUUUUAAAGUAAGGCCAUUAAAAACACAGUAGACCUGUGAAUUAUCCAGUCAAAACANAAGCCCCAAGAAAGUGGCACUGAGCAAACAGGAUGCCUAGCAGCAGGCUUCCCCUGGACUGACUUUCUUUCUUACUGCUAAGCACAUAGCUCAACAGUCAGAAACNAUGGGUUUGUUCCGCUGUACAGNGUGACGCUUGUGUCUUAUUAACAUUUGCGGCAUCUCAUUUAGAAGCUACUUUUAAUUUUUUACAAUGCACUUAGCAAAUCGCAGCCAAGGACUUCAUUUUUUAAAUUUUAGAGAAGCGACCUACAAAAUAAAAUAUUGGUCACUAACAGCUCCUCGGAGGUUUGCUCUCUUUUCCUUUCAGGGCCUGUUAAAACACUUGUAGACUUUAUUUAUUAAAAUACCUUUCAAGGAAAUAGUGACCCUCUCUAGGCAGGACUUCCCUUUGGGUCAAAGAAUUCUUUGGAAAAAAUUGUAACACGAGGAAUUGUUAAACGACAGGUUAGCUGCUGUUUCAGGUGCAGAGUACUAGGUAGGCAGNGGAAGAAGGGGAUGUCCCACAGGAAGGGGAGUGGAAAGAUCAUGCUGCCCCAGACAUCGAGGACAAACACUGGAGACUGUGUCUGCAAAACCAUCCUUUUACCUCAUUUUAAGCUGCACAGGGACCUAUGCGUUCACAGACUACCGAGGACUCCAAAAACUGAGGACACUUUCAUACUGAAACUGUAUUUGAAUAUUUUGCAAUUAGAAUAUACUUUAUAUAAAGACAGUCAUUUAAAAUUUUAAU